CUUUUUUUGUAAAGGAAAUAUAUCGCGAAAUUUUUCUUUCUUUUAAUGAGUGAACAAUUAAACUGAAGAUAUAAUAAUUGCUAAAACAAACAAAAUGUAUUUUGCGAUUCUUAGCAUAUUUUUAGUAAUACAAUCCACAGCUGCAAACCCAUUAAAUGAAAGCAAAACAUUUCUUAAAAAGCGUGAUCUGGAUGGAGCUUUGUUCCCUUUAGUUGACCUAAUAUCUAAUGUUGAAAACUCUCUUAUAAAAACAGCAUACUCGGCUGGUUCACUUCAGGGAAUAAAUAAACUAAGAAGUGAAAGACAAGUUGAACACAACUCGCAAAAAAAUCCUGAGACACAGUUAUCAAUUUUAACCGUAAAAUUAAAUCCUCAAGCAUUUGACGAAGAUAUAAAAAGUAAAAGUGAAAAUUUCAAAGCAGAAAAUACUGCAAAUGAAAAAAGUCAAAAUCAUUCUUCCGAUGAAAAAGAAUAUGCUAAAACUAUUUUGAAGUCUACCUCAGAGAAAAGUGAUAAUAUUUCUACAUUAGAAAAAAGCAAAGGAAAUGUGCAAACAAUAUUAAAUGAAGGAGCUAAAAACGAAACAGAAAAAGCAAUUGCAAAAACGGUAGCAGAAAUUGAAGUAACUCCAAUUUUGUUGGCAUCGAGACCAUAAGAAGUUUUACAUUUAUGUUUAUGUGCAUAUAACGUUUUAAAAAUCAAAAAAAUUUAUUUUUUUUAACAAAAUAUUGUAAUAUGUUUUGAUUGAUCUAUUAUAAAAAAUAAAUGCGUAAAAAGACGGAAUGGCUUAAUCUACUUAAAGAA